AUGGAUAAGAUUGAAGAGACACUCACAGAGCUUGUAAAGUCGCUGAUAGAAGCAAAAAAUGUCCUCCAAUGCGAAUGUCGUGCUGAGCUGAUGGCUCGACUGCACAACUCUAAGACUCUGCCCGAGCGAGAACUUUACGAACUGUCCAGGCAGGCAACCCAAUUGCUUCAUGAAAUUGAGCUACUGUUGGAACCUCGGCCCAUGAUCCUGGCCAAUUAUUUCCUUGGCUCUGCAAAGACCAAGUGUCUCAAUGCAGCUGUGGAACUGAAUAUUCCAGACCUCCUGAAAGCCGGCCCUAUGGACGUUGCCACGCUAGCAUCAGUGAGCAAGGCGCGUCCGGACCGGCUUAAACAGGUGAUGCGGGUGCUUUGCAGUGACUCGGUGUUUGAAUUUGACACCAAAUCGCAGUGUUACUCUCUGAACGAGUGCUCCGAAUUACUGCUGACGGAUCAUUGGACUCGCUGGUGGCACUGGGUCGACCUCUAUGGCAAUGAGUUUUAUGAAAUGGCACGUGGAAUCCCAGCGGCGUGUCGUGAAGAAGAGAUGCGGAUGCCUUCACAGAUCGCUUUCGACACUGAGCUCAACAUGUUUAGGUGGCAUUGUGCAGGACUAUCCCUGGGGGAGGUUGCCGACGGGAAGACUACCGUGAUGGACAUUGGUGGAGGAGGUGGGGGCCUGAUCUCGGCACUGCUGCGGGCCGCUCCGAACCUUCAAGGCGGGGUUUUCGAUCUUCCCGAGGUUAUUGACCACGCCACUGAGAAUUUUCAUGGUACUGACGGAAUAUACCGUGAUGUUGGAAGUCGGGUUGCAGGUAAAGACUUGCACAAGGGGGAUUUCUUCCAGUCUAUUCCCUCAUACGAAGUAUACACGAUGAAGUGGUGCUUGCAUGACUGGAAUGACUGCCAGGUAGUCCAGAUUCUCUCGAAUAUCCGCAAGGCAAUCAUCCUAGGACCCAAGUCGCGACUCGUCCUUCUGGAAAUAAUUCUUCGGGAUGGGCACGCCGGUAACUUGUCUCGGCUUGCUGACUUGUCAGUCUUCAUGGCUGCAUCUGGGAUGGAGCGUGACGAGGGGGAGUGGCGUGAUUUGGCGCGAAAAGGUGGGUGGAAAAUCCAGAACAUUUACCACCUGCGCAGCGCGUGGCCUGAAGCAAUGGAGCUUAUCCCUGCCUAG